GUCAUACACAAACAUAACCAAAGUUAUCAAAAGAAACAGAACAUAACCAAGAAGACAUUGCCCAGUUCACACGUGUUGUUAUAAAUAUUGUGUUUAACUGAUUGUAAAAUGAAGAAAAAGGCAUCUACUGAUAUUAUUACCACACCACCUAAGAAAAGUAAAUUAAAUGAAAAGACGCCAAAGACGGAUAAUCAGAAAAGUGACAAAAAAGAGGCAUCACCCAGCAAAGGCAAGUUUCAAAAAACUGACAAGAAACCCAAGCCAAUAACCGAUUUCAAAGCGAAAAAAUUUCAAAAGGGCAACGCUAAGGAUCCGAAGAAGCUAGCUGAAAAACCUGAAGAUUGGAACAAGUUCAAAAAGGAAAAGAAGGAUUUAAAACUGAAACGAAAGCAGAGCAAAGGCAAUUUCGAGAUAGUUUCCAGGGCAAAGAGUAUUGGCGAAAAGUUGAGGAGGAAAACAUUAAAAGGCGGUAAUGAAGAACGAAAUAAACUGAUAAAUGAUUUGCACAAUUUGUUAAAAGGCAAAGGGGAAUAUGCUAAAUUUGUGCUAGCACAUGACACUGCUAGAAUUGUACAGUGGCUGCUUAAAUAUUCUUCAGACAUUAUUGUUCAACAAAUUUCAAAGGAAUUAAUACCAGUUACAGUUGAUAUGCUCCAAUCAAAGUAUGGUAUACAUUGUGUUCGAAGACUUUUAAAGUAUGGCAGUGCUGAAACUAGAUCUGCAGUGAUAGAUGGUAUGUAUGGACAUGCUGUAAAACUGUCCUGUCACACAGUUAGUGCACCCGUACUUGAAACUGCUUUUUCCACAUGGGCAUCUGCACAACAAAGGCAGUAUUUGGUACAGGAAUUCUAUGGAGAUUUGUACAAGAACUCAAAGGAUGCAAAUGUCAAACACAUCAGAGACACAUAUGCGACCAACACUAGCUUGAAGGCUGGAAUAUUGAGUGCUGCUAAAGAGAAUGUGCUCAAAGUGAUCAACAAGGGUUUAAUGGAUUCAGGAUUAGUUCAAACUGUUUUAUCUCAGUUGUUGGUUGAGUGUUCGGCAGAGGAUAGGAGUGAACUGAUUACACUUUUAGCACCACAUAUAGUUGUUAUUAGUAAUAGCAGGGAUGGUGCCCGAGUUGCUAUGCAGUGUGUCUGGCAUGGAUCUAACAAAGACAGAAAAGUAAUCAUGAAAACACUCAAAGAGCAUAUUGUUGAUUUAUCCAAACAUGAACAUGGACAUUGCACAGUUAUAACACUCUUAGAUGCAGCAGAUGACACAGUGCUUUUAAACAAAAUAAUUAUAUCAGAACUUUUAAAAAAUAUUAAAGUUUUAAGUAAAUCUGAAUGGGGCAUUAAGGUGUUGUUAUAUUUGAUUGAUCCAUUGAACACAUCAAUUUUCCACCCUGUGUUUCAAAAUGAAUUAAAAACUGGUAGAGAAUCAUCAACAAGUAAAAAGUCCCCAGAAAUCAGACGUAAAGAAAUCUUGCAAUAUUCUUUAAAGGCACUCCUUGAUUUGGUUAAAAUUGAACCUGAAUUUUGGCUGUCUUCAUCAUCUCUGGCAUUACAGAUGUUGGUCAUUGUAAAAUGUGGAAGUGGUGAAGAUUUAGAAGAAGCUUACAAAAGUUUAGUUGCUAUUGUCACAAAUCCUGAAUGGAAAGUGAAAGAAAAUGACAAAGAAGUAGCCGGAGUUGAACACCCUGGAUUGCACAUGGUAUUAAAGAAAUUAGCUCAACAUGAUAAGACUAAUUUAGAAGCCAAACAACCGACUUUUGGACAAUUCUUAGCAAAGGAAUUGAAUGAUGAUGCAUUAAAAGCUUGGCUUAAAUUGAACCGUGGUUGUUUCUUACUUGUUAUUACAUUCGAAAAUGGAUCUGACGAAACACGUGAAUUGAUCAAACAAAAAUUGAAGAAGCAUAUAAAAUUGUUGGAAAAACAAUCUACACAAGGUGCUAAAAUUUUGCUUAAAAAGAUUACUAGUUGAAUGUCUAGUGUUGAAUAUCAAGUUGAUAUUUUAUUAAAAAUUGACUGUUUUUAUACGUCUGUAAAGAAUAAAUACGGAAUAAAAUAAAUAAUUAAUAAAAA